AUGGCCAAUUCUACAGUCACUACUUCUAUCCCUACCGCAAUACCAUCCGCAAACGUGGAUGUCACACGCAAAGACAGGAGCAACGUGCCAGUUUCAAUCACAUCCCACCCAGACAAUCCAAUUCCCGAGGAACCUAGUGCCGUCCCGCAUCUGACGCUCCUCCACCCUGAUUCUAUGAACUCCCUCGGAUCUCAGUCGUCACUACCAUCAUUCACUACCGGAUCUGAGGUUUCUAGCGACUCGGAGGCGCCAUCGACCCCCGCGACCGAAGUGCUCCCAGACGAUAUCGCGGAUAGAGUUGAUAAGUUGGAUAUCCAAGGAUCUAACGGGCCCUCCCAGCCGAAACUUGCAACCCACAGACGCCGCGCUUCGACAGUCUUGAUCUCACAAAACUCGGAAGAUGUUCAGAAAAUUUUAGGAAACGUUGGAGCCGGCACUAGGCGAGUUGAGAAACUCUGCUGUGGUGGGGGGUGCUGCAAGUUACAGCCUCUUAAGAGACCGGUUUCUGUUGAGAAUCCAGUGAUCACACCAAAGAAUGACACUUUUGACAGUCUUCAGUUAUACCUGGGUACUUUAUCCCAUGGCAGUGACCUUACGAAUAUUGCGGAACUACCUGAAAAGACGGUUUCAUUCUCCCCGGUUCCUACAGAGGUCGUGGGUAACCAGCUAGGCCCUUCAGAUCAUCCGCCGUCUUUUGUUCAGCCCCAUCCCCCCUACGAAGUCUAUCGAGCACCACUUCAUCAUUCGAGAGAGUUGACGAAAUCGGGCGCAGAGAAAAGAACAUUCCAUUUUGAUAUAGAUAUUACGGAUUAUCCUACUGAGGGUGGAGAUGUUGAUUUUGUGGUUGGUGGCGCUAUUGGGAUUUGUCCAAAGAACGAUGAUGAGGUGGUCGAGGAUAUCUUCAAUUGCCUCGGCGUCCCGAAAACCGUUCGAGACAAAAAGGUGAUGCUUCGCACAACUAAAGGGCGGUGGCCCACCGUCUGGGGCGACGAUCAACCUAGGGAGCUAGUCACCACCCGACGAGAGCUGCUAUCCUGGUGCACAGACUUUCAAAGUUAUCCCCCGACCAAACCUUUACUCCGUCUACUUGCCGAAUAUGCAUCGGAUCGUGACGAAAAGAAGAUCCUGAUGUACCUCUGUUCUGCCCAGGGACAGGGUUCAUUCUGUGACCUCCGCACCAGCCAGUACAUCACCGUCUCCCAGCUGCUACACGCAUUCCCUUCUUCUCAACCACCACUAGACCACCUUCUCUCCGUCUUAAACCCCCUUAUGCCUCGUUUCUAUUCACUUUCGCAAGACCCUCUUCUUUCACAAACCGUGAAUGAUGGCAAACGCCGCCGACUCAUCGAAAUUGCUGUCACAGUUCAUGAUUGUCCUGACUGGCGAGGCGGAAAACGUACAGGCGUUGGAUCCGGAUUUUUGCAGCGGAUUGCCCAAAAGGUCAUCGAUGCUGAAAAUUCCGGCGUCGAUGUGGGUUCCCUCGACCUUCACAUCCCAAUGUUUCGUGGGCUCAUGGCCAAUCCUCUUGCUCGGGAGUUUGUUUUGGACGGUCCGAUGCUCCUAAUCGGAGCCGGCGUGGGGGUCGCGCCCUUCCGUGGGUUCGUCCAGCGACGUUUAAAAUCGGCAAACUGCGCGAAUAAAGUCUGGGUUCUUCAAGGCAUUCGAGACUCGUUGCUGGAUGAGCUCUACUCCGGCGAAUGGGGCGUGCACGAAGAGACUGUGAAGAAGGUUGUCCAGAGCAGGCGUGGAGAAGGGCGCUAUGUCCAAGAAGAGGUGCGCAAUCAGGCAGAUCUUGUCUGGUACGUGAUUAAUGCAUUGGACGGGCGUGUUUUUGUCUGUGGCAGCAGCAAAGGCAUGGGCGAAGGGGUGGAGGCCGCAUUGGUAGAUGUGGCUAUGGCUAAAGGUAAUUUGAACCGUGAGGAGGCCCAGCAGUUUUGGGAAGGUAAAAAGAGUGCUGGCCAAUAUAUUGCUGAAACAUGGUAG